AUGGCGCCUUCGGCGACAGACGACAUCGUUAGCAGGAGAGAGGCCUGGAAGCAACUACCCCCGCCGACAGUGUAUCCUGUCAAGGAAGCCAGAUUCGAGAAAUACUUGCCGCCGCAAGUAGAUGGACGCGAACGGGCUCUAGCGCAACCCCCAGGCCAGGCGGCCAUAGUCAUCGACAAUGGUUCUUCCUCCGUCCGGGCAGGCUGGUCCUUCGAGUCCAAGCCACGGUUGGCGAUUCCUCCCAUCAUGGCCAAAUACCGGGAUCGGAAACUUAACAAGACCUUCUCCUUCGCGGGCCAGGACUGCUACGCUGACACCACUGCCCGUGGACACAUUCGAAACGCGUUCGAAGCCGGCACCGGAAUCAUAAGCAACUGGGACGUCAUGGAACAUGUUUUGGACCAUGUAUUCAUAAAGCUCGGAAUGAACGGGGUCGAAGGCGGCAUAGACAUGCCCAUUGUCAUGACCGAGGCGGUUGCAAAUCUACCAUAUUCAAGAAAAUCAUUAACCGAGAUAAUUUUUGAGUGCUACGGCGCGCCCAGCCUGGUCUACGGCAUCGAUUCGCUCUUCUCAUACCGCUACAACAAGGGCCAGACUGGUCUGGUGGUAUCCUCGUCCUAUAGCGCGACACAUCUAAUACCCGUCUACAACUCCAAAGCCAUGCUGGCUCAGGCCAUCAGACUGAACUGGGGCGGCUGGCACGCUGCCGAGUACCUCUUAAAACUUAUCAAGCUCAAGUAUCACACGGGGUUUCCUGGCAAACUCAACUCCUCACAGGCAGAGCAAAUGGUCCGGGAUUUCUGCUACGUCUCCUUGGACUACGACCGGGAACUCGCGCGAUUCCUGGACUGGACUGGGCUAGAAGACAGGGAGCGCAUUGUCCAGUACCCCUAUACGGAAGAAGUUGUUGUUCAGAAGACAGAGGAGGAGUUGGCGCGGAUAGCCGAGAGGAAGAAGGAGAGCGGCCGGAGGCUUCAAGAGCAGGCUGCCAAAAUGCGCUUGGAGAGGUUGAUGAAGAAGGAGCAAGAGCUCGAAUACUACAAAGAUGUGCAGAGGCGAAUUGCCGACCAGAACAAGAAGGAAGUCAAACGUCUGCUCGACGAAGCUGAGUUGAAGGAUGAGGCGGCGUUGGAGCGAGUGAUCAGAGAGCUUGAACGGUCGAUCAAGCGGGCCCGGACUAAAGACUUAGGUGGCGAGCAGGAGGAAGAGCAGGAAGCUCCCGAUUUUAGCCUCCUCGACGUGCCGGACGACCAGCUUGACGAGGCAGGCCUGAAGCAGAAGCGCCAACAGCGCCUGCUCAAAUCCAACCACGACGCGAGGGCGCGCGCAAAGGCUGAAAAGGAAGCCGAAAAGGCGCGGAUAGCCGAAGAGGCGCGCCUGGACGAGGAGAGGCGGAUCAACGACCUCGAGGGCUGGCUCGAAGACAAGCGACAAGCGCGUCUUGCCAAGCUGGCCCAGAUCAAGGAGCGCGAGCGGCUCAAGGCCGACCUGGGCAACCGCAAAUCCCUCGCCAGCCAGAUUCGCAUGAAGAACAUCGCCAACCUCGCGUCGGACAACCCAUCAGGCGCAUCGGGGGGUCGCAAGCGUCGACGUGGUGGCGACGAUGACGACUUUGGCGCCGACGACGCCGACUGGGGCGUGUACCGCAGCGUAGCCAUUGGCGCCAACAAGGGCGACAGCGACGACGACGAGGAAGGCGAGGAAGAUCUCGAGGCGGCCGUGCGCGCGCUCGAGGCUGACUUGCUUACCUACGACAAGGACUUCACCUACGAGCACACGCUUGACGCGCAAAAGGACUGGUCCAAGUCCCUGCUGCACGCCUUCCGCUACGGGCCGCGGCCCUUCGACCCGUCGUCGCCCGCCGAGACGCACCGCAUCCACCUCAACGUCGAGCGCAUCCGCGUGCCCGAGGUGCUGUUCCAGCCCAGCGCCAUCGCCGGCGUCGACCAGGCCGGCAUCGUCGAGAUCGCCGGCGACAUACUCACCCAGCGGCUCCCUUCCAUCGCCGGGCUGGACAGAGACCAGUUCCUGCGCGACGUGUUUUUGACGGGGGGCAACACCCUCUUUCAGAACUUUGACGAGAGGCUGCGCUCCGGCCUGACGGCGCUGCUCCCCGCGGGAGCCCCCCUCGUUAUCCGCCGCGCCGAGGACGCCGUGCUGGACGCGUGGAGAGGCGCUGCCGGGUGGGCGUGCACCCCCGAGGCUAAGAAGGCGUGGGUUACCCGCGAGGAGUACUUGGAGAAGGGGGCGGAGUAUUUCAAGGAACAUGACUUGGGCAAUGCUUUUGGGUGA